UGAGGGAUUAUGGAUGGGAACCGAGUGCGUGAACCCCAAGCUCACAUCAUAAAAAAUUUCCCACAUGCUGGCAAUCUGUCACCCUGCCAUACCUGAUGUAGUUGAAGAAACAGGGAAGAUUUCAUACGAAGUGAAGCAACAUUUGUGAUUGCUGCAAGAGAAAUUGGUUUUGAAUUCUACAAAAAAACUCAAACAAGCGUGACUCAAUCCAAAGACCAGCAGGAAAGUUGAAAGGGUGCCUAGAGCUCUGAAUGUUUUGGAGUUUAACAGUGCGAGAAAGUGGGAUGCCAGGAUGUCUGUGAUAGCAAGAAAUGAGAAGGGUGCAACAACCAUGGUAAGAUGAUCGAUCCUCCACCAUUUUGUCCGACAAAACAAAACCUUUUCUAUGAAAGAAAGAAUUCAGGGAUUGAUUAGAAACAUAUGACAAACUAAUGAGAUCACAAUAAACUUAUGGGUGAGCACUUGCAUAACCCGAAGACUGACCCGAUCAGCACAGCGGCCAGCACGUGCAUCUGGACUCCAGUCAAAACUCCCAUUCUUAUCCGACAGCCAGUUUCCACUUUCCAUUUUUUCUCCCUCUGCUCUUCUUUCCUUUCCCACUGCCCUUUGACCUUUUCUGUCCUGCAAAGAAAGCUAACCACAAACAAGUAAAUAAGAAAUUCUCUUUCCAAAAAUCUAAGUUACUUCCUUCCUAAAUCGCCUCCUCCAUUUUUUAUGUAUUUUAGCAGCCUGAGCCGACCUAAACUUUCUCCCCCACAAACUUUGAUCUUGUAACUGUUUUAACUGCACACAUAGUAACUGUAGAGUGAGUAAUUAAUAGAGUAGUAAGAGGUUUUCAUUUACAUGGAAGCCUUCAAAAAGCAAGCUACCAGGCUUAGAGGGCAAGUUGCAAAGCAACAGCAAGAAAUAUUGAAGCAUUUGGGACAUCUUAGCAAUGAAGGAGUUCUCGUUGAUGAAGCUGAAUUACAAUGCUAUCAACAUCUUCAAAAUCUCUACAGUUCCACCAGAACUGCCAAGCAUUUUCAAAAGAAUAUUGUUCGCGGUGUUGAAGGUUUUGUAUCUGUUAGUUCAAAGCAAAUGGAAAUGUUGAGGAGGUUGGCUGAUGGGUGUUGUAAAUACGGAGCUGAGAAUCAGAACGAGAACAAUUAUGUUGCGAGGGCUGUUCUUCAGUUCGGUGCCUCGCAUAAUUUGAUGGAAAAUGAGAAGGAAACUUUGGUUGGGGUUCUUAAUGACCAGGUUUCUAAGCCACUUCGGGCUUUAAUAACAGGAGCUCCUUUGGAGGAUGCUCGCCGCUUGACUCACCAUCAUGACAAACUCCGUCAAGCGGUUGAAAUGCAGGCAGCUGAAGUAUUGAGGUGUCGGUCAAAAACCAGGGAUUCUGAAAUAUCUGCUGAGAGUUGCGCGAAGCUUCGAGCGGCAGAGGCAAGGUUGGCCGAGCUUAAAUCUACAGUGAUGUCACUUGGGAAAGAAGCAACUGCUGCCAUGUCUUCAGUUGAAAAUCAACAGCAACAGAUUACCGUUCAGCGGCUGUUUAGUAUGAUAGAUGCCGAGAGAUGUUAUCAUCAACAUGUUCUUACUAUUUUGGAUAAGCUACAUGCUGAGAUGAUUCUCGAGGAGCAAUUAAACGAGUCUUCACCGCAAUCGGCAACGACACAGAGAGAGAUGGUUGUCCCAUCUGUACAUGAGAAUAAUACUUCAAAUGGAUCUAAGAAUCACAUGGACAAUAAUAAUCAAGAGGACUGGCUUUUCAUUGCAAAAGUCAUACACCCAUUUGAUGCUCAAGCUGAAGGGGAGUUGAGUCUAUCUGUUGAUGAUUUUGUUGUGGUCCGGCAGGUGACUCCAACAGGUUGGUCAGAAGGAGAAUGCAAAGGCAAGGCUGGAUGGUUUCCCUCUGCCUACAUAGAAAAGCAUGAAAACUCACCUGCAAGCAAGAUAAUGGAAGAAAGCGUAACUUCUUGAUCGAAAUCGUUCAUGUACAGAAGAUGCAUAUGUCCUGUUUAUAUUAUAGUCCAAAUCCAUGCAGGAGCGGGCUACCUCGGUCAGCGAGUUAUUUAAAGGCAUUCUGGCAUGGUUUUAUUUAUUUUUGUGUUCACGGAAAUAAGGCCAGUGAGCACCUUGUACUGAAUGUGUACUUGUUCAUCUGUAGUAAAUUUUGUUGGAUAAUAAAACGUACCCGCUUGGGUUAAGCUAUCUUCUAAAUUCAAGCAAGUAAUCGCAGGUUCUUCACCU